CACAAAAAGAAUGCACGAGUAGUACUAGUGAUUGUCGAUCUCAACAAACUCAUUUUGGGAUCUGGAGGGAUUUCCUUAUUUCCUCUCCUAAGACAGACUUUUUUUUCUUAGCUCAAAUUUUAAACAUACACUAAAUGUGGGUGACUAUAGCCAGUAGAUCGGAUCGAAUCGAAUCGGAUCGGAUCGGAUUGAAUCGGAUCGGAUUGAAUUGGAUCCAUCUAAUCAGGCUCUUCUUAGCCCCGACUCGGAUGAAGAGCAAUCAAAAUCUAAAUGUGGGUGACUAUAGCCAGUAGCCAUAGCUUGCAAAAAUCUACUGUAGUCCUUCAUCCUCCCCCCAUUUUAAUUUCUGCCACCAAUAUUUUUCUCAGUAGCAUCAAAUUCAAUGAAGGCAACAUUCUUUCUUUCACCUUCAAACAUCCAAUUAAUUUCAACCCCAUUUCUUGAUUCUUUCCCUUCUUCGCCCUUUUCUUUCCCUACUAAACCCCUUAUCCUCAAAAACCCAAAACCCCUAAAUUCUCUCUCCUCCAAUGCUUCUUCUUUCUUCCUCCAAAUUCGAUCCUUCAACACCAAAAACAGCGAUGAUAAUAUCAAUGCGGAUGAUGAAAUUAGCGAGGAUAAUAAUACUAAUAACAACAACAAUGGAAGUACGAUUUCAAAUAGUAGUAAUCAGGUUAAAAUGCCGACUGCUCCAUGGAUGAAAUCUCCCCUUUUACUUCCGCCUGAUGAAGUUCUUGACCUCUCAAAACCUAAUCAGAGGAAGAAGAAAAUCUCCAUUGCGGAAGCUUCUAAAGCUGAUAGGUCACUUACGGAGAAAAUUAGUGGAAGGAAGGGUAAGAAAGUAAUAAAGAAAAUAGUUCACAAAAUUGAAAGGCUUCAAACUGAAACUAAUUUGGUUGAUACCAAGAAAAACUGGGUUGAUACCCAGAAAAAUUGGGAUGAUGUUGGAGGUGGGUUUUUGUUGGGUGAUGGCGGGGAGUCAAAAUUGGCGCGAAAACUGCCAUGGGAGAAGGAAGAGAAGCUGGUUUUUGGGAGGUUAAAGAGAGAGAAAGUGGUUACGGAGGCUGAAUUGAGGUUGGAUGAGGAAUUGUUGAAGAGAUUGAGGAGAGAAGCCUCAAAGAUGAGGAAGUGGGUUAAGGUGAAGAAAAUUGGCUUUUCUCAAGAUGUUGUGGAUGAGGUUCAUUCAAUUUGGGCUAACAGUGAGCUUGUUAUGCUUAAUUUUGAUUUGCCUUUGUGUAGAAAUAUGGAUAGAGCGCGGGAAAUUGUUGAGAUGAAAACGGGAGGUUUAGUUGUGUGGAGUAAGAAAGAUAAUCUGGUUGCGUAUAGAGGGUGCGAUUAUCUUUCAAGGAGGUGGUCUCGAAAGGGUAGGGUUUCUGUUCAACCUGCAGAUGAUGGACAAAUGCCUGGUUUCACUGUUGAUGAAGAGAAGUUGGAUGUUAACUUGACUUAUUCUGAACAAAGCUAUAAGCUUGAAACUAAGGACAUAGAAAAGGAUUCUUCGUCAGAUGGGUUAUUGAUGGACAGGAAUUUGGGGAUUAAACUGACUGAUAGAUCACUGUAUGAGAGGGAAGGCGAUAGAUUAUUGGAUGGCUUGGGACCUCGUUUUGUUGACUGGUGGUAUCCAAAGCCUUUGCCGGUGGAUGGAGACCUGCUACCAGAGGUAGUUCCUGGAUUCAAGCCACCGUUUAGGCUUUGCCCACCUCGUGUUCGGCCCCAGUUGAUGGAUGAUGAGCUCACAUACCUGAGGAAACUUGCUCGCCCUUUACCAGUACACUUUGUCCUUGGAAGGAACUCCAAACUUCAAGGUCUUGCUGUUGCCAUCUUGAAAUUGUGGGAGAAAAGCGUAUUUGCCAAAAUUGCUGUGAAGUGGGGUGUCCCUAAUACCAAUAACGAAUUCAUGUCCUCUGAGCUCAAGCAUCUUACAGGAGGAGUUCUAUUACUGCGUAACAAGUUCUUCAUCGUUCUCUACAGAGGCAAGGAUUUCUUACCAGGCAAUGUUGCAAAUGCUGUAAUUGAGAGGGAAAUAGAGCUCCAUCAGUGGCAACUUCAUGAAGAAGACGCACGGCUUAAAGCAUCAGGGGUUCUUGAUUUUAAUGAUGAAACAUCAGCAGAUAGAAGUAUCGUUGGAACAUUUUCAGAAUUCCAACACAUCCAAACGAUUUGCAGGAAUGUACACCACAUAAACAACGAGGCUGCAGUUAAGAUAGAAGCUGAAAAAGAAAGAUUAGAGAAGGAAUUAAGAAAGCAAGAACACAAACUUGCCAUUCUCAAACUCAAAAUUGUGAAGGCAGAAAAAGAUCUAGGGAAAUUAGAUUCCGCCUGGAUGUCUUCUGAACAAGAGCCUGAUCAAGAAUUGAUAACUGAAGAGGAGAGAGAGUGUUUCAGGAAGAUAGGUUUGAAGAUGGACAACAUUCUAGUUUUGGGGAGACGAGGGGUCUUUGAUGGAGUAAUAGAAGGUGUACACCAGCACUGGAAGCACAGAGAACUUGUGAAAGUUAUUUCAAUGCAGAGAUCAUUUCUACAGGUCCUUUAUACUGCUAGAUCACUGGAAAGAGAGAGUGGUGGAAUACUAGUAUGCAUCGAGAAGCUAAAGAAAGGCCACGCCAUUAUUAUCUACCGCGGGAAAAACUACAAGCGUCCCAUUGAUUUUGGUGGAGAUCUACUUAAUAAAAGGAAAGCACUGAAACGAUCUCUUGAAGUUCAAAGACUUGGAUCCCUUAAAUUUUUUGCUUAUCAAAGGGAUAAGGAAAUAGCAGAAUUGAAGCUCAAACUGGUUGAUUUAAAGAGUAGGCGCAACAAAAACUUCUGAAACUAUACACGAUGGUUGAGGUAGGAUACCAAGUAUAGGAGUUUGAAUACUUCCAGCUCCAACGCUUGUGCUCUCAGGAAAUGACUCAAAUUCCAGCUGCAGUCCAUUGAUAUUAAUUAUUAAACUGUCAAUAGAUCCUAGCAGGCAAAAGAUCAAGUGCCUGCUGGAUUCAUUUAGGUGAGGAAAUGUAAUGUUCCUUGUGGAUAUGUGCUCAGAAUACGAAACCACACAUGAAUAUCAGAUGAUAGAUUCUUCUUCUAUGAUGCAAUGUUGUACAAGUCUGCAAAGUUCACAUUUUUAUUACAGUCAAUGAUUAGAAGAUACAAAUACAGUGAAUGAUUGUGAAUAUUUGUACAUUCUUUGAAUACUUAUCUCAUCAAUCUAAUUAUCUAAAUCAAAUUUGUUUCGGGUUUUCA